AUGAUCGAAUAUCGUUGUGCCGGGAAUAAAGCUGGUCGAUUCGAUGUUGCGCUUCAUUUGAACUUCUCGUGGCCUUCUGAGCAGAACACUACGCAUGUGACACUUAAGCAAGAGAAGAUUUGUUCGUCACGAGAUGGACGUCGUUUGCCAGGUUUGUUCAUCAUUCUUUACGAUCACGGCAAAAAUUUCAGCUGGAAUAGAUAG